CGGUGAAAUAAAAAAAGAAACCAACCAUGUAACUCGCUGAUUGAUUUGCACGUAGGUAAUGUACACAUGUAGCGCGAGCGAAAAAAAAAAUAAACGAUAAAUUUUUACUUUUUCCCACCACCAUGGCGUCGUCGCUUGUCGACGAGAGUUUCCCCGUAGCUGGGUUACUACCAAAGAAGGAAACAGGAGCUUUGACUUUCCUGUCCAAGUAUCCGGACUACGAUGGACGGGGAGUUACUGUCGCUAUUCUUGAUACGGGCGUCGACCCCGGAGCGCCGGGUUUGCAGGUGACGACACAGGGACUUCCGAAAAUUGUGGACAUCAUCGACACAACAGGAAGUGGUGACGUCAACACGUCGACGGUCGUUGAGGCAAAGGAUGGAGAAAUCACUGGGCUUACUGGGAGAAAACUCAAGAUCCCACCAAGUUGGCAGAAUCCUACCAAUCAGUAUCACAUCGGCGUCAAGAAUGCGUACGAGCUCUACCCCAAGCAGCUGAAAGAAAGAAUUCAGAAAGAGAGGAGGGAGAAGCUGUGGGAUCCGCUGCACAGAGUGGCACUGGCUGAAACCAUCAGAAAGUUGGAUGCAUAUGACAGUGCGCACCCACACCCUAAUAAACAGGAGGAGAAACUAGCUCGUGAAGAUUUAGUCGCACAGAUUGACGUACUUACCACAGCUGAUAAAAAGUUUAACGACCCCGGUCCCGUUUACGAUUGCGUUGUCUUCCAUGAUGGAGAAACAUGGAGAGCCGUAGUUGAUACGUCCGAGACAGGCGAUCUCGCUUCAUGUGUGGUGCUAACAAGCUUCCAAGAAUCUCAUCAAUAUGCUGCAUUUACAUUAGCAGAUAUGCUGAAUUACUCUAUCAAUAUCUACGACGACGGCAAUGUUCUUAGCAUAGUAACCAACGCUGGAUCCCACGGCACUCACGUCGCGUGCAUAGCAGCCGCUCACUUUCCCGAUGAACCAGAGAAGAACGGAAUCGCUCCCGGUGCUCAGAUAUUAGUCGUAAAGAUUGGCGAUUCUAGACUUGGGUCCAUGGAGACGGGAAGCUCGCUAGUUAGAGCUAUGAUAGCUGUGAUGGAACACAAAGCCGACUUGGUGAAUUUCAGCUACGGUGAGGCAGCACAUUGGCCUAACGGAGGCCGUGUCUGUAACGUCAUCACCGAAGCUGUGCAUGACCACGGUGUUAUCUUUGUUUCAUCCGCUGGUAACAACGGCCCGGCGUUAUCGACAGUAGGCUGCCCGGGCGGAACAACAUCCAGCGUUAUAGGUGUUGGUGCGUACGUCUCCCCAGAGAUGAUGGCUGCAGAGUAUUCACUAAGAGAGCGAUUACCGGGCAUGGCUUAUACGUGGUCUUCCAGAGGUCCAAGUGUGGACGGUGAUCUGGGUGUCAGUAUUACAGCUCCAGGGGGCGCCAUCACAUCAGUACCAAACUGGACCUUACGAGGUUCACAGCUUAUGAAUGGAACGUCCAUGUCCUCUCCGAAUGCCUGUGGAGGGAUCGCGUUAAUCCUGUCAGGUCUGAAGACAGAGAAUAUAUCCUACACUCCUCACAGCAUCCGUCGAGCCUUGGAGAACACCGCCCUCAGUGUGGAUAGAGUGGAGAUAUUUGCGCAGGGUUAUGGUCUCAUACAGGUGGACAAGGCCUUUGAGCAUCUUGUCAGUUACUCGGAUUGUCCAACGUGCAAUGUAAGAUUCUGUAUCUCGACGGGGGGCAAGAGAGGCAUCUAUAUCAGGGAUAUGACGAAAUCGGAAAAACCCCGAGAAUACAACGUCACCAUAGAUCCCAAAUAUGGAGACGACAUCGGUGCACAGGAGAAGAUCGCAUUCACCAUGCAGACGAGUUUAGUAUGUGAAGCGUCUUGGGUGUCCUGCCCCUCCCACCUAGCGUUAAUGAAUGCAUCCCGUGCUGUGUCUAUACGAGUUGAUCCUCGGGGGCUGAGUGAAGGAGUUCACUACACCGAGGUUCAGUGUUUCGACACGGCUAAUCCCCACAAGGGACCCAUAUUCAGGAUACCCGUUACUGUAGUCAAGCCACUACAAACAACCAAACAGUACGACUUGGCCUGGGGUGAAACGGAGUUCAAACCGGGUCAGAUAAGACGAAGCUUUGUUCAAGUACCAGAGGGUGCAACCUGGGCAGAGUUAACGGUGACGUCUCUUGACCCCGAACUGACCUCCAAGUUUGUACUUCACUGCAUCCAACUGGAAGAUCACAUGGCCUACAGAAGCAACGAGUUCUACAAGUUCUUCCAUCUUCAAGAGUUGGGCCAGUCGACGUAUCCGUUCUCAGUCCGAGGCGGACUGAUACUAGAUCUGGUCGUCGCUAAGUGGUGGGCAAGCCUUGGCAACACCAAGAUCACUUAUAGUAUAUCCUUCCACAGUCUGGAUAUGAACCAGAAGAUGAUUCAGAUGCACGCAGCCAACGGAAUUUAUCGUUUUGACGUCCGGUCUCAUUUGAGAAUUGAGGAGGUGUCUCCGGCAAUCACCAUUAAGAACUGUGUACAACCACUCAGGCCCAAUGAUUGCAAGAUAAGCCCGCUAGGAGCAAGAGAUGUUCUUCCUAACGGCAGACAGAUAUAUGAGAUAGUCUUAACUUAUAACUUCCAUCAGAGUAAGACAUCGGAGAUUACCCCUAACUGUCCGUUACUGAGUGACCUUCUGUAUGAGUCCGAGUACGAGAGUCAACUCUGGCUGCUGUUUGAUAACAACAAGCAGUACAUGGGAGCUGGAGAUGCUUAUCCUAAUCAGUACACUAUCAAACUAGACAAAGGCGACUACACCAUCCGCCUUCAAGUCCGACACGAACACAAAGACCUCCUGGAGAAACUCAAGGACAUGGUCAUGCUGAUCGAUCAGAAGCUCUCGUCCAGUCUGAACGUCGACUGCUAUCAGAACGUGCCGAACGCCCUCAACGGCAAGAGCAAAUUCAACACGGUCACAGUCCAGCGGGGAUGCUCGGUGCCUGUGUUCAUCCCACCCGUCGCCGACGACAAACUGCCGAAAGGGGCGUCGCUGGGUCAGAUGUUGACGGGAACCAUCACUCUGGCCAAGAAUGAACCGGGCAAAACGGGUCGGAGAAAGAAGGGUCAUAUGGCAGGCGAUGUGAGUGAUGGAAAGAGAAACCUUGGUCCCAGACCUGAUAGCUAUCCGUUCAUCUAUGUCCUGACCCAGACUCCGCACAAGCCUCACGUGACUAAAGCUGAGAAAACCAAAGAAAAAACCAAAGAAGAGGAAUUUCAAGAGGCUUUGCGCGACUUCAAGAUCUCAUGGAUUACAAAGUUGGAAGGUGACAAUCUCUACCAGGAGCUGCUUGCUGCUUAUCCUGAGCAUCUUCCUUUGCAUGUCACGCAAGUCACGGCCAAGGAUACACACAAGGAUCGGAAUAAGAUGUUACCUGAGAUUAUACAGCUUGCUGAUAAGGUCAUCUUGCUGAUUGACCAAUCAGCAUUGGCGACUUACUUUGCCAUGAAGACUGACACAAGACCCGACGCACUCACCUACAAAGUAGAGAAUGAUAAACUGAAGACCUACUUGAUCAACUGCCUCGUCGUCAAAGGCUGCGCUCUAGCUGAUAGAAUACUGGCCAUCCGAGCCGAGGGUGAAGCCACAACAGAAGAGGAAACACAACUACAGCAACAAAUGGAUCAAACCUUCAAUGAUGUACAGAAGUGGGCGGAGCCAGAGGAGAAGAAGGUAGGCGUUGGCAAGAAGGUGCUUCCAUUCUCGGUGAAGUUUGCACAAGUACACAAUCACUACGGACGUCAACUGAAAGGUUUGAUGAAGCUGACCGACGACUCCAGACCGAGCAAAGAAUCCGACAGGAAAGCUAUAGAGGUUUACAAGAAGUUGGGUUGGGAUCACUUGGUGCGUCACACCGAGAACAGUAUACCCGUCAAGUACCCCCCACACUAUAUCCCAUUCUAGAUUGGAUUCUAAUAUUGAGCCACGACUUUGUUUCAAAAAAAAAUGUAGCAGUCAAACAACUUUUAUUCUGAGGAAAUUAAAUCAUUUUUUUUGUUUUUGUACAUUAAGCAAAAAUUGUAUCCGUAAGACGUUCUAGAUUUGAAGAAAAACAAAAGUAGCGCUGCACAAACUCUCAGGAGUAAAAGUUAGUCUUCAUAAAAAAAAAAA